AUGACGAACCAAAAACACGUUGUUUUCGACGUCGUUGGCACUUGUGUCUCCUUCGAUGCAUUCUACAACUGUAUCAACCGCGUCAUCGGCGAAAAACUCCUCGCAAAAAACAUCACCGCCCGCUCCUUCGGCUUUGCCUGGAUGACAGCCGCCGAGCUCGAAUUCACCUUCCUCUCAAUCUCAGAGCGCUACCGGCCCUACAAAGACAUUAUCACGGCCCUCUUCUACCGCUCUCUAUACAUGUGCGGAAUCGAGUCCCCAAGGACCUUUGCGACAGACGCAGAACGCGACCAGUGCGUGCAGGGAUAUUCAGAGCUGGAGCUCCGAUCCGGAACAAGCGAUUGUUUCGCCAAAUUGAGAGAUGCCGGUUUCACCGUUUGGUGUCUGACGACCGGCGAUACGAAGCGUGUCCGCGGGUACUUCGAGCGUGCUGGUGUUGAUAUGCCGCUUGAGAACUUUAUUAGCUGUGAUACGCAGGGACUAGCGAAACCAGCUUUGGCGGCGUAUCGGCCUGCUCUGGCGAAGUUUGCGGAUGAUGAUGUCAAGUGGUUCGCCGCUGCGCAUAUGUGGGAUGUGUCGGCUGCGGUUAAGGUUGGGUUCCGGGGUGCGUAUUGUACGAUAUAUGAGAAGGAAUCUUGUGAGGAGAUCUUUGAUACUAAGUUGGAGGUUAUGGCGGAUACGUUACCGGAUAUGGCUGAGAGGAUUGUGGCUGCUUCGGUUUGA